AUGGAAUUGACAGACACUGAAAACGGCCAAAAAAAGAAGCAUUCAACGAGAAAUGAUAGAACACAAAGAAGCAUAAAUAACGAUCUGAAGAUGAAUGAUAAUCCCCAAAAAGAAAAAAAAUUAAGUGAUGAGACAAAAUAUACAGAACUUAAUAAUAAUAAAGUCACUGUUCUGUCAUCAGUUCGAUUCACACCUGAAAAUCGACCUUUCAUUGGUUUAAAAACUUGUGCAACCUUAAAACUUGAACCUGUGGAUAAACAGUUUAAUUUAAGUUCGAACCUAAAGCGUAAAGAUUUACAAGGAGAAUCUUUAGAUAAAGAAAACACGCCAGUGAAAAGAUUAAGAACUCCUGCAAUGAAAGUAAAGAGUAAUGAUAAGGAGUUAAUCAAAAUCAAAAAACCACAGAUUAGUGUAAAAUUUGAAUCUUCAAACAAAACAGCAUAUGACAUGAAGAACAAAACCGAAAAACGACAAAAUAAGGUGGGUACAUCACAGACAGACGACUUCGAAAGCAAGGUAAGAGAAUACGAAAGCUUGCUUUGUGAAAAUGAUAAAAAAGUGAAGAAGAAUGAGUACAAAACUGGAGAUACCGUCUUAACGCGUUAUUAUACUAAAUCUUGGAAAUACUAUGUUGGUGUGAUUGAAAAUGCUUAUUUGGCUACAAAAAAAUACACUAUAAAUUAUUACAAAACUAUCGGCAGAAAAGGAAAUGUUAAAUUUGUUGUUCCUAAACGAAAAGAUCAAGACUGCGUACCUGAAGUUUCAAUCGUUAAAGAAAUUGAACUGCUUCAGAUAAAUGAAGACCCCGAUGAGUAUGUGCUAAUGAACGACAGUGACGAGAUUUAUUUCUAA